CCGGCCUCUCGUUGAAAGUCCCCGUUAUUUUCCAGUUGAAAAUGGUUAUGAAAACGAUAACUAUUCUAGUAUUUUUGUUGACAUGCUCCCAGAAAAAUGCAGAUGCUGUCAACCGACCCAGGGGUGUUGAAAUAUCUAAAAUGUCCUUCUAUGCUGGCGAAAAGUUUACCUGCCUUGAUGGGUCAGCGACACUGUCAAUGGACUGGGUGAAUGAUGACUAUUGUGACUGUAGAGACGGCUCUGAUGAACCAGGUACAUCUGCCUGUCCAAAUGGCCAGUUCAACUGUAAAAAUGUUGGCUUCAAGUCCUUUUAUAUCCCAUCAUCAAGAGUGAAUGAUGGAAUUUGCGAUUGCUGUGAUGGCUCAGAUGAAUUCAGUGGAUUGACUCUUUGUGAAAACACAUGCGAUGAAAUGGGCCGAGCGUCGCGUGAGGAAGAAGAGCGGAAUCGCCUCCUUUUGACGGAGGGUUUCAAAGUGUUUGAGGAGUAUUCUAAACAGGGCAAUACAGCGCAGGAUGAAGCCAGAAAUAAUAUAGAAACAUUAGAAAAAGAAAGGAUGGAAUUAGAGUCCAAGCUUGAAGAAGUUAAAAAGGCAAAGGAGGAGGCUGAGACUCCUGAAAUCGAAGCAAAAGAAAAACAUAGGAAAGCUUGGGAUGAUUUAAAGGCGGAGAGAGAAGCUGAGUUGGAGAAAAUCCGAGCAAGCACUGCAUUCCAGGAAAUCGACACAAAUGGUGAUAGCCUAGUAUCUCUCGAUGAAAUGAAGACACAUUUAGAAUUUGAUAUUAGCGGUGAUGGUGUAGUGAAUGAAGAGGAAGCGAAGGAAUACCUUGAAGAAAAUGACCAAGUCGACAUGACAACAUUCCAGGAAAAGGUGUGGCCAAGUAUCAAACAGAUUUACCAGAAGCCUGGCAGUAAGGAGUCAGAGGAGAAUGUAGAGGUUAAGACCCCCCCUCCUGAAACCACCCACAUCCCAACUGGUCCGUUCGAUGUUCCUCCCGCGGAUCACGAAAAGCGUGAUGAUUAUCAUGACGAUGAUGAUGACGAUGAGGAUGACUUCGACCAUCCAGAUACACAUCCCGAGAUGAAAGAAGAGAAGGAAGAAGAAAAACCGACGCCCGACGAAGAGAGACCCGAAGAUCAAAUGCCAGAUUAUGACGAGGCAACAAAGGCUUUAAUAGAAGCUGCCGAUAAGGCUAGAUCAGAUUAUGAUGAAGUCAACAAUAGAGUCGACGAGAUCAAGCGAGAAUUAGAGGGCAUAGAGAAGUUACUGAAGUCAGAUUUUGGGCCGAAAAAUCAAUUUUAUCCGCUGAAAGGGCAAUGUUUUGAAUAUACAGAUAGAGAAUAUAUCUACAAGUUAUGUCCAUACGAUCGUACAUCCCAGCGAUCUAAAAAUGGGGGUGGCGAGACUAGCCUCGGUUCCUGGGGAGAAUGGGCUGGUCCAGAAAACGACAAAUAUAUUAAACAAAAAUAUACCGGCGGCCAGAACUGCUGGAAUGGGCCUGACAGGUCCGUGGUGGUUUCAUUCCACUGUGGUUUAGUGAACGAAGUGGUCAGUGCGUCCGAGCCAAAUCGGUGCGAAUACGCCUUUGAUUUCAAUACUCCAGCCUCGUGUGACAAAGUCGCGCAACCAGAACAAAAGGACCCGGCGCAUGACGAAUUAUGAGGAUAGCUAUGCAAAUUAAAUAAUAUCAAGUUACGUCAUUGUCAUUUUGUGAUUAGCCCUUCUCAUGCGGAUUUGAUUUUGAUUGCCUAAAAAAAAUUACACAAGCCAGUGAAAAAUCCAAAUGAUGUGAUUGUGAACGCACAUGGUGCCACCUAUACUUAAGAAUCAAUGUGAAACUGCAAUCAUGAUUUGUCGAUCACCAGUUGGGAGAAAUCGGGUUGGGUGAAUAAGGUUUGCCAGCCACAUGGAAAGGGUAUGGUAUUUCUAUACAUUUCAUUUUGUGAUUGACAUCAGCAACUUUUCCGUAUUCCGAUACAUCUCGCAGUCAUUUGUGCACCGACAUCCAACUGUUUUGUGUGUUUUUUGUAGAAACUAACUGAAACUUUCACCUGUGUAAGAUUUUUGCGAUCCUGGAUCCAAUUUAUAGAAACAAAUAACCAAUUAGAUGAAAGGAAAAGUCCUAUCAUACUUUCUGUCCAUGUAAACUCAAUACUUUUCUGAAACAGGUUGCGGUCGUGGCCAGGUGAAUGGGUAUGACCCAAUAGGGGGUCAAUUGUAACUAGUUCUCAAGCAUUGCAUUACAUGCUCGCCAUGGAACUCCCCUUUCUGGAAAAUGGUUUGUCCCGUCUGGAGUUAUCCCUUUAAGGUCAUUGCCCUUUUCAAAAUGACGCUUGGUGAUUUACCAUGUCUAAAAUAUUUCGUUGACAAGUUUAUAACAGACUAUUUACACUCAUUCAGGAGAUGUCCAAGGAAUGACUGCUCCCCCUCUUAAAAUCGUAAUCGGACCUGCUCAAAAAAGAUGAGUUUGGUCUAUUUUUUUCCCGUCAAAUACGUCUGCUUUUAGAGAAUUGUGAUUGUGCCAGUUUUUCAAUGAAGUGUUGGGUUUAACUAAAUCAGUGUUCCUGGGAAAGGCCACCGCUCAAUAAACUUGCUGCUGAGAGUAUUUGAGAAGGCAAUAGAACCUCCUUUGAGGACCCCUGGAGGCAUUCAAAUCUUCUACUCUAAAACCACCAACAUUUUCCAAUCGUCCUAUCGGGGAAAAUUUAUGAGAAAAAAAUGAUAUUUUCACGAUUUUUAGUCCAGCGGAUCCCAAAAUUUCGAUUGGUUUUUCCAGUGAAAACUACUUUAAUCUUAUGAUGAUUGUUGAAGGAAAUUAUACCUCGCUGUCUGUGUGGGUUGUCUCACCAAAACCGUGAGACAAUCAAUACCGACAGUGAGAUAUAAAUUUCUGUUAUAAAGCUUUGUGUUAGAUGAUAAAUUAUGUGGUUUUAAAUGGUUUUUGACUACUUCCAUAUUUUGUACCAACCCAAGCGGUUAUGGUUGCCUGAAGGGGUCUAAAAGGGGUCUAAUGGGGGUCUAAUAGGGCUCUACAAUCAGAGGUUCUAUGUACUUGCUUGUAUUUCUUUUAGCACGUUUAGUGCAUUUGUACCGUCAAAUAUUCGCACAUGGUAGAUUUACCCGAUUUGCAAAAAUGAAAAUCGUAAAAGCUUGUGUUUCAUUGGAAAAAUAAGAAGAAAAAUCUGUAGUUUGUAAAGUUAAAAAUUGUGAAAAAUGUAAUUUUUUUGGAAUUUUUGCAAUUCACAAAAUAGUAAGGUGCGAAAAUUUGGCGGUUAAAAGUACAGUGCAAUCUUGCAUAUGAAAUGAUACAUGUACUAUAGGAAACUUCUUUUAAUUCUUUCGAGUUGGAAAGAAUUUUUCUUUUUGCUAAAAACGUCCAGGUAAUCUAAAUGUUGCAUGGGAAUUUUUCUCCAUGUCUUAAUUAUUCUUUUUGACAUACCUACAUCUGAUGAAAAAAACUCUUGUCGGUAAGAAAUAAAAUCCUGUUUUAACAGAUUAUUUUCAGACUCUGAUGAUAAACAUGGAAUUGUGUUUAUCAUCAGUUGAUAAACUUGGAAUCAUAUUUAUCAUCAGUUGAUAAACAUGAUUCCGUGAUAAACAUGGAAUUGUGUUUAUCAUCAGUUGAUAAACAUGGAAUCAUAUUUAUCAUCAGUUAUCAUAAGUUGAUAAACAUGAUUCCAUGUUUAAAAGAAGAAAAAAAUUUAUAAAAAAAGUUGAUAAACAUGGAAUCACAUACAUGUAUCCUUUGACUUAUAACUGUAUCAUUCCUAAGCAUCGAAGUCGUCAAUCUUAAUCUAUGUCAUUUAUGUACGUAUCGAUCUUUUGCAUUUUCGUUUUUUUUAGUAUUAUAGAACUAGAAGUAUUACCAGUAGCUUUUUCUUUGACUUCCAUUGGACUUUUUUCAAGACGUUUUCGGAAUGUCUGUGUUUUCAGUGGUUCAUUGUACCCCAAAGCGCUUAUACAAUGAGCGAUUUCUGUCAAAGCAACGUACAUAUUGCCGUAACAACACUACUAUUUGACCAAUAGGUGGUCGCCUUCUGAUCACGGCAUGUUUUGUCAUUGCUGAACGGUAAGUCGCAGCGAUGGGGGUCGUUUGUUAGCAAAGCACUUUACAUCAACUUUGCAACAUAAAUCUGCAACAUUGCAACAUGAAGAUACAAUUGUAAUGCCACCUUUUCAAUGUAUGCAAAUCGAUUGUUGCUAGUCAUAGAAUUUGCUCCAUUUGUUGUUCGAAAGGUGUGUUUCACUGAGUUCAAGGUGUUCAAUUGUGUGUUUUUUGGGUGGAACUUGCUGUCAAGUAUUACAGGCCAGGUCUAUUUGCGAACUUCUGGAAGUAGUGGUCCUCUGAAAAUGCUAUAUUUCGCUGUACCAGUCAUAAAUCAAUACAAAUUAAUUUACAACACCACCUGUGAAGUGGCAAGAGGGUGUGGCGUGUAACUGCAAAAAGACAGAGAUGCAAAAAUCUGCCGUGAACUGCCAAUUUUUGUGGAUUUCCCAAGUAACCAACGGUAUAUAAAUACGUUGGAAAAGAAAAAUGCAAACAAAGAUUUCAUUGGAAAAACAGGAAAGAAAAUUGUGAUUCACCAAAAUGAAAAAAUGUUGCCAGAUUAAAAUUCUAUACAUGUACAUGUGUUAGCAGAUGGAUUUGGCCUUUUAGAAACACAACACUUUGUUUUGACUGUGUGCUAUAAAUGAUUGCUUCAAACAUUUCCGAAUUGUACAAUCAUAUUUUUAUGUGCUGUGUGUUGACUGAUUAAUCUGUACUUAAAAUUAUCGGCAUUUCAGUGCUGAUAGAUUACAAUUUUUCAUCUUUUUCAUCUUGGUUUGUGGAUGGACCCGUGACCCAGUGUAUUGAAUUGGUUUCACCUUAAAUAACCAUUUUGUAAAUAUCACCAGGCCUUGAAUUUUGUUUUUGAGACAAGACCACAAUUGAUUUUUUAAGCCUUUUAGCAGUUAAAUUAUCAAUGUUUGACCGCGACGCAUCAAAUACUGCGUGGGGUUGUGAAUCUGAAAUUUAGAUUAUGUUAUUCCGGACGGUCGGGCAAGUAAAUGGUGAAAAAUAAACUAGUAGUUGACCACGGAAAUUUUUUGAUAAUCGACAAAUUAGACAGACUUUGAUACUUCCACUCUUUUCAGCCAACUGGCAGAAAAAACUCAAAACACGCCCCCUAUUACCCAAAUAGCAAAAUUCGAGAUUAAUUUUUUCAUCAAAUAAUUUCUUUAUAUCUGUAGACUUGCCACAACAAAUAUGUUUUCAAUACCUCUCCAAAUAUGUACUUGAGAGUUAAAAACAUGCACUCGUCUAAUUGAUAGGCCUCGACCCUCCAACCUAUGAAUAUUCAUUAGUGGUCUUGUCUCUUUUCGACUUGACCCUCUAUAAAAGUAGUGUCUGGUGAAGCCAGUGCAGUGUUGUGUCUGGUGAUUUUGCAGAUAUUUGUAUCAAGGUUAUCCAUUUUGAAGUGAACAGAUUAUACAAUGAGAUUAUGCUUGCACUUUCAGCGCGAUCUGGUGUAGAUCUUUAUAACUUUUUCGGCCAAAAAUACCCCUCGCAUCAGUUGCUCAUUCGUUCUCUGAAGCUUCAACGUUAGCAACACAAGCGCCAUCCUCAGGGUGAUGAAGGAACUGACUCAUAUUUCCCCUUAACACCAGUUGUAAAGCGAUUCUGACCGCAGGAUUUUUGAGAGGGGGUGGGGGUGGGGCGGGGU